GCCCAGUAGCUAUAACUUUCGAAACAAUGGAAGUAUGUUCAACUUUAUAAUCAGAAAAUAGAAUGUUACUUGUAUCUAUCAACAACUCUUCCUCUUUAUAAAUUUUGAAAAAAUUAUACAAUUUAAUUGUGAUAUAGGCACAAUUAAAUAAAUUUUAAAAAUUUAGAUAGAUUUUUAACAGAAUUAGCUAAAUUUAGAUAUAUUUAUAAUUUUAAAAAACUAGUAAGAGAUUAAUACGGUUAUCCCCUUCGAUUUAGCAACUGGCUUACGGCUCUUUCGGAUUAGCCAGUACAUAUAGAACUGACCAAAUUUAAAACUGACGAUCGUUGCUUCUCUCUCUCUAAAGCUGAAUCAUCAAAAUCCCAGGGUUUUGGAUUUAUGGAAACGGAAAAUGGGGUUGAGAGGAUUGGUAGGCCAGAAUUGGGAGAGAAAACGGCUGUUGAAAAUCGGGUAGUCGGGGAUAAUAUGAAUAAGGUAGAUGAUAUUGUUGAGAGAUUGAAAGAUGUUGAAGACGAGGCGAUUGAUUCACAAGAGAAACUGCAGAUACAGGGGGCUAAUAUUCAUGAUUCAGUUUCAAAACUGCAUGUGAAUUUGGUUAAUGAAUUGGACAAUUUUGAUAUUGCUAUUCCUACUGUUGGUGCUGAGGAGGUGGGUGGAGUAGUUGCCGAAGAAGAGGUGAACAGUUUGGUGGAUGAGGGAGGAACUGGCAAGGAAUUGAAUGGACAAAAGGAGGUUGAUGGUGAUGAAGGAAUUGAGAUUUUGAAGGAUGCAGUCGAGCUCAAUUCUGGGCAUCAAGCUCAAUUCACCUCCGAGACUCUGCAACUCGCAGUUGACACUUUGUGUGAUGUUCUUGAUGCUGGAUUUAAUGGAAUGCUAAAGAAAAAAAAAUAUCUCAUCGCCACAAUUGAGAUUUUGCAUGAGCUAAAACUGGAAACACCUGUUCUUGAAGCCGACUCUACUAGGGAUAAUAUGUCUUGUGAUGGAAUGGACGAGGAUAUGCUAAGUACUGAACGUCUGGAAGCCGCAAUUAAGAUUUUGCUUCUUGUUCUUAAAGCUGAACAGACUAGGGAGACUAUAUCUGGUCAUGGAAUGAAUGACUUGAAGGAGGAUGUGCCAAAUACUGAAUAUCUGAUCGCCGCAAUUGAGAUUUUGCGUGAGCUGCAAAAGGGCAAGGGUGAAGGUUUUGAUGCAGAAGAUCAGGAUGAUCCGUUUCUAUAUGUUAUCUAUAUGAUGGAUCAUUUCUUUGAUUAUGAAGAGGGGGUUUUGCCAACAGAUAUAUUUAUGGCAGCCACACUUGAGUUUCUCUGUAGUGUAAAGAAGUGCAAGCUUCGAGGUUUUGCUAAGAAUCCGUCAGAGAUUGGUAAUGGAAAGGAGGAUAAGAAAGUUUUUGAAAAUCUGGAUGCCACAAUUGAGGGGUUGCAUGCCCUUUGGAGGGCCGAGGUUGAAGAUGUUACUAAGAAUGGGCGGAAGAAAUUUGAAGACAUUCAGUGUGUAAAAACCGAAGAUGAUAGCAAUGGAGAUGCAAAGAAAGCGCUAGUUCUAUCGGAUUCUAUUCAUCAAGGUGAAUCCGAGGAGCUUAUUUCUAGUUCAGCUGCCGAGGAAGUGAUACAAAUUCUGAACUCACAAUCAGAAACAAUUGUGAACAAAACAGCAUUACAUUAGAGGAUAACAAGGCUGCUAAAGCAGAGGAUGACAAGGUUUCUGAACCACUACAUGCUGAUCAAUUGGUUAAUGGUGUUGGCAAGGGCUAAAAAUAUUUUAUUUUUCAACAUUGAUUUAAUAUUUUUUUUAUCCAAAACCACCUAUCAUUUUAAUCGACAACUUUUACUUA